AUGCUAUUACUCUUCUCGCUCUUCUCGCUCUUUUCUCACUUUUCUUUCUCACUUCUCUCACACCUCUCGAUUCUGAAGGAUAACUUCCUCCGAUUCGACCACUGGAGUUAUCCUUUUGGAAAGAUAACUCAACCCGAAGAUAUUUCGGGGCCUUGCCGGUUCUCGCGAUGGGGCUUUGUCAAUCAGCUUGGUGAGACAUGGCCGACCCUCCGAAUGUACUUUGAAGCUCCCGGCUUCUACGCCCGCGCUGGAGAAAUUCGGCAUGUGAAGCGCCUUGCAGUAACCCCGUUAGAGACCAUGAAGCGAAAGCUCCUCAAGCCCGAGCCUGUCCAUUUCAAGGCGACUUAG